CACCACAGCCAUGUACCUAUUCUAUUAUCGCUGGAGCUCGGCGCUUAGUCGUGUUUGUGCUCUUUCACCAGCGGUUACCCGCCCCAUAUCAACGCAAUGGGCAUAUGCUCGUCCUCUCGACGCGAGGUCACGGAUGCAGACAAGGACUUGCAUAGGAAAGCCGAGGGGGAACUCGAGAAGGCCAAUGAAAAGCAAGUCAAGGUUCUGCUAUUGGGAACUGGGGAUUCCGGAAAGACAACUCUGCUAAAGCAAAUGUGUCUCAUGUGCAACAUGCCAUUCUCACAGGAAGAAAUCGAAUACUAUCGGCAGAGUACGCUUGACAAUCUUGUCAAUGGAGAGAGUUGUAUCCUCGACUCGAUGAUAUACAUGGGAAACAUGCAUUGGCCUCGUUUAAGGGACGGUGAGCCAUUCCCGAGAUGGUACUAUGAGCGACUCAAGGCGCUAUGGGGUGAUCCUGAUGUUCAGAAAGCCUGGCAGAGAGGAAAUGAAGCAGCCUUGCCUGAAAAUUUGGGGUAUUUUUUUUGGGAUCUCGAUCGGUUAUUCGACCCCCGGUAUCAGCCAACUGAACAAGAUAUCAUGCAGUGCUGUGUUCGGACGAUUGGGAUCACGGAAACAGUCUUUCAUCUCUGGGAACGCGAGGUCACGAUUAUUGAUGUCGGUGGCCAAAGGUCUGAGCGUAGAAAGUGGAUACACUGUUUCCCGGACGUGACGAGUAUCCUGUUCCUCGUCAGCCUGAACUGCUAUGACCAGGGCCUGGAGGAAGAUGACAGUGUAAAUCGAAUGCAAGAAACGAUGACCGUAUGGGAUACUAUAUGCCAUUCGCGUUGGUUCAAGCACACUUCGAUUAUCUUAUGUUUGAACAAGAACGACCUCUUCGAAAAGAAAAUACCUUACUCUGAUAUCCAAAACUUCUUUCCGGACUUUGAUGGUGAACCAGGUGAUGCCCGGGCAGGUCGUGAUUACUUCAAGCUUCGCUUUUCGGAACUGGCGGAGAGGGAGAUCUAUAUUCAUGUAAUUACAGCGACUGAUAUUGCUACGCUUCCGUCCGUAAUGACCACCGUGGAAGGCGCAUACCCUCAUGACUGUAUACUUAUUAUUACCUCGGGAUAUCCAGUCCCUUUGCAUGAAUUCUUCAAGAUCAGACACCCAUGAGACCUUCCACCUGUACGAUAUCAGGUUCUUCCGCAAAGCAUUAUUUUUUACAGGAGUCGUG